AUGCCGCCGCGCCAGUCCCCUCCCGUGGAGGAUUUCUCUGACCAGAUUCGGAACAUCGCAACCACCACCGAAGACAAAGACGCCGAGGAGCGAGAGCACCUCAGUAUCAUGCAGGUAAACGCUGCCACAGCCAGGGAAUCUGAGCUGCGUACCGGAUUCACGCGACUUCAGACGAAGUACGUCGCUCUCCGCACCAAGUGCAAGGCCAUGGAUCGAGAGCUCUACCUCCUCCGCAUGGCAGCUGCCGACGGAUCGAUCACAAUGACGGAGGCCUCUCUCGGCGAGCUAUCCAAGGGCGGCGGGCGGAAGUACUUCGUACUCGUUCGUCUCUGGGUUCCUGACCGUGUAUUCCCCUUGCCCGAGAACAUCGAGUUCAUCGAUCCCAACGAUCCCAGCAGGUGGCAGACCAAGGACAUGGAACUGCUCGGGCACAUCACCGAUCUCUUUGGGGUAUUGGACGAGAGGCUUCGUGAGGCAGCGCUCGAGUUUCCUCUGUUCGCUCAGCAGUUCUGUGCAGGCGUCGAAGCUGAACGCCGAACGUGUGUCUCCACGAUUAAGGAUAACAUUGCAGCCAUCCUCAGCGACUUCAUCACGCUCGAUCCCAUCACGGCUGGUAACUCCAGUCUUCUCAUGGCUCAUCCCGGCAUUGUCGCACUCCGCAGGAACCCCACUGAACCCGAUGUCGAGUACCCGAAGUACUCGUCUGUUCUCUAUGCCGAUCCCAACAAUCCCGAGACUGAGGGUCUCUUCAGGUCAUCGGCUUUGAUUAAGGCGGCAAAGUGCAUUCUCUUCGGUAAGACUUCGAUUGGAGUACGCGGCGGUAGCGGAGGGCGCACUCCUAAGGGCGAACUAUGGAACAUGACGGAACCGACCCCUGGUCUCAUUGCCGGUGUCAGUGUGCUGGUAAUACAUCGUAUCGGAGAAGACGACUCGUUCACACCGAAGAGGAAUCGCAGCGGCGUGGAUUGGACGGCAGUCUUCGACUUUCUGUAUAUGCUGUUGACGUCCAGCGACACCGAGGACUUCACCGAGGAUCUCUUUGAAUUCUGGAGCGUCAUGUGCUUCGGCCAGACACCGUCGUCUCGCACUCUCACGGCGACGGAGACUGUUACCUCGUCGGCACCUGCGAAGGCUGCUGCACCUGCAGUACCUGUGGACCCUGUGUUCGAGGCUAUGAAGCGCCGUCGUGCGGAGCCGACGGAGGAUCCCAACGCACCGUUGGAGUCGUCCGAAGCCCCAGCGGAACAGGCUAUUUCCAACAUGCCUCGUCCCCCCUUUGGCACUUCACGCCCUGCGUCACCAGUCCUUCCGUCAACUAUCAUGCCAUCUGUGUCGUCGGGUAUGCGACCCUCUAUCACAGGGCCCAACAGUGGGGCUGCACCGCUGGCGCAGGCGACAUUUGAUUCCGUUUCCGCAGCGGCGCUCCAGCGCGGCCUCGAUCGUCUUUCGAUUGGAGACAAGCAAGGAUCUAUUAGCUUAUCUGCUCUAACGAGCCUCCCAUCCUCGGCCUUCUCCUCUCCUUCCACUGCUAUAACUGUCCCGGUGACCACUCCCCCCAUCCAGAAACCACACUCGCUGCGUAGGGGUGAGACGGUUCUAAUCGAACGUGCACCUGUCACCGGUUCAGCUCCUUCGGUCAUCUCGGUCACAGCUGAGGCUCCCCCUUCCUUCGUAUCUGUGGCUGCGCCACCGCCGGCUGCGCCAAUGGAAGCUCGCACCACCAGGUCUCGUGGCUCGAAAAGCCAGGCUCCCGGCGCGGGGUCAGCUGCCCAGGCUGCUGCAGGCAGAUCCGAUGAGGCUGGGAAGGGCAGGCUUGGGACGACUAGGCGCGGGGCUGUUGCAAGGGGUUCCUGA